AUGCAAACUCAAAGAGACAAAUCUAAAGAUUUAUCUGAAGUUGGCUUAUUAAAACUGGAAAAUGCUAGGCUUAUGACUAGGAUCGCAGAAUUAGAACAAAUAGUAAAAGAAAAAAAUGCACUUGAGACUGAGCUAAAACAGAUUAUAGAAGAAAAUACUGAGAAAGCAAAGUUAAGAGAUGUUGAGCUUAAUGCAAGAAUUAUAGAACUAGAAUACGCAAGUGCUAUUUCAAGUUUAAAGGAUAAUCAAAUUCAAAAUAUUAUAAAUAAUUUUUUCAAGACAACUGAUAUGAGUUGCCAAAAAGUGAUCGGUGUGACAAAUUGUCACGCGCAUAUGUCAGAUCUAUCUAGCUCAAACGAUUCAUCAGCAGAGUUGGCACUGUCAAAAUUACCAGAAAUUGAG